AUAUAACUAAUAAGGAGAGGAGACCGUUUCAACAGUGAAUCACAUAAAUAUCCGAUGAAAUUUGGCAACAGAACACGCAUACAUUUUGAAGUGCUAUAGUCAUCAAUUUAUAAGCAUACUUAAUGAAAAUGUGUUAAUAGGGAUUGUGAGGAAAAACGAAUAAACCAAGUGUGCAAUCUAUUGUUUUUGUCUUGUACACACCCACUUUAUAUAUUUAUUUACUUAUAUAUAUAUAUGCAUAAAUAUUUACUUUUAUAGAGUUAGAUACAUGCGAACGACAUUGUGUUAAUCUCGCUCGAAGAUGAUACGAAAUACUCGGCUUACUCAGCUUAUCGUGUUUGUGAUUUUGAUAACAAAUUCCUUGGGGGAAAAAACUACAGAGGAAUUCUUUGAACAGUUCGGUUAUCUUCCGGAAAGAACAGGGAAGGAUCGUACUCAAGAGGUACCUCCUGAAAGACUCGAGAAGGCAAUUAGUAAGUUCCAGGAAUUCAAUGGCCUGAAAGUUACCGGAAUUUUAGAUGAUAUGACUAAACAAAAGAUGUUCAAGCCACGAUGUGGUGUGAAAGACUUCUCUGCUGAAGGAGCUGCUUACAGAAAAAUUACAAAAUGGAAGAAAAAUGAUUUGACAUGGAGUGUGAGGGAUUUCAGCAGAACAUCAAGACUGAGUCGUACUGAACAACUAAAUGCGAUCAGAAAGGCCUUUAACCAUUGGUCAAGCGUCACCCCAUUAACUUUCCGAGAAGUCCCGCAUGGAGGCGAUAUCGUUAUCAGGUUUGCUGCAGGAAACCACGGCGAUGGAAAUAGUUUUGAUGGACCUGGUAGCGUUCUUGCGCAUGCGUUCUUUCCAAGUAAUGGUGACACCCAUUUCGAUGACGCAGAAAAAUGGACUCUAAGAACAAACGAUGGCAUCAAUUUGGAAAUCGUCGCUGCUCACGAAUUUGGACACGCUCUCGGUUUGGCACAUUCUCAGGUGCAAUCGGCUCUGAUGGCCCCUUAUUAUAGGGGAUAUAUUCCCAACUUCAAGCUAGACAACGAUGACAUCAGAGGAAUCCAAAGUUUGUACGUAAUUGACCACUUAAUGAUAUUGGGACUGAAAGUCACGACCACUAUGUCUAAAGUAUUGAUCGCUUCGAUUCCGCUUCUUGUAUUUACCUCUGUCUUGAGUAUUGCUCUUACUCUGCGAUAA